CCUCCCACCUUCUCUUUUUCUGUCUCUCUCUUUCUCCCUCUCCUUCUCUCCACAUGCAGCUUGCACUUACAAUUUGUAUGAAAGAGCGUUUAGAAAGGGAGUUGUUUCGAGGUUUUAUGCAUUGUGUUACAGUGAAUUCCUGAACAGUUUUUCGGAGCUCAUUCAACCUGGUCCUUUGUUUAUCCGUUGUUGUGUAAGGUACCAUGGCCGACCAGGGCAAGCAGAUGGGGCAUUCCUGGACGUUGGCAUUGAUGGUGACUUCAACUGCCAUUGGGGGUACCUUCCAGUAUGGAUAUAACCUCGCUAUCAUGAAUGCACCAACAAAUUUCAUUCAGGGGUUUGUGAAUGAUACAUGCAGGGAGCGCUGGGACGUCCAGCUAGAGGACUAUCAGGUGACGCUGGUCUGGACCAUCAUAGUUUCCAUGUUCUCACUGGGUGGCCUUGCAGGCGCUCUUAUCGCCGGACCAAUGACCAUCCACUUUGGGAGGAAGAAGUGCAUGCUGCUGAACAACGUGUACUUAAUGUCAGCAGCCCUGCUGGCUCUGACAAGCCGAGCCGCCAGGUCCUUUGAGAUGAUCAUCAUUUCACGUGUUCUGGUUGGAAUAAACGCUGGUAUCAGCAUGAACGUGCAGCCCAUGUACUUUGGGGAGAGUGCUCCCAAGCACCUCCGGGGGGCGGUGUCGCUGUCCUGUGCCGUCUUCACGGCUUUCGGGGUGGUGCUGGGGCAGGUGGUGGGGCUCAGGGAGAUCUUAGGCAGUGAACCAUACUGGCACUACCUCCUUGCGAGUAACGCCAUUCCUGGCUUCAUCCAGCUGCUCACCCUGCCCUGGUUCCCCGAGAGCCCCAGGUACCUGCUCAUCGACCGGGGCGACAAGGAGGCCUGCAUCAAAGCCCUGAGGCGGCUGCGUGGCUGUGAGGUGCAGGCGGGCGAGCUGGACGAGAUGCUGCAGGAGCAGGCCCAGAGCAGCGGGGUGCGGCCCAGCCGGCCCUGGGAGCUGCUGGCCGACCGCGCCCAUCGCUGGCAGCUGCUCUCCGUCAUAGUCAUCAGCAGCGCCAUGCAGCUGUGUGGCAACGACUCGAUCUAUUUAUAUGCAUCAUACGUGUUUAAAGAGGCUGGGAUUUCCGUAGAGAAGAUCCAGUACAUUACCAUUGGUACUGGCACAUGUGAAUUCUCUGCCUGUAUUCUGUGUAACCUUCUGAUAGAGCUGAAAGGGCGCAGGUUCAUGUUGAUGGGGGGCUACAUCCUGAUGUGCUGCUGGGCGGUGGUCUUCACCAUCGCCCUGUCCUUUGAGCAUGUGGUCUCCUGGAUGCCCUACCUGAGUAUGACCUGCAUCUUCACCUACAUACUGAGCUUUGGCAUGGGCCCAGCGGGGGUGACGGGGGUGCUGCCAACGGAGUUCUUCAGCCAGACGGCCCGGCCCGCCGCCUAUAUGAUCGCCGGCUCCAUGAUGUGGAUCAACCUCUUCAUCGUCGGGAUGCUCUUCCCCUUCUUAGUGAGUUCCCUGGGCCAGUAUUGCUUUGUGCCGUUCGCUGGGGUCUGCCUGUUAUCUGCCAUGUUUGUUGGCUUCUUUCUCCCUGAGACAAAAGGCAAGACCCUCUCAGAAAUCAACAGCGAGUUCAACAAGCUCAACUUCAAAGGCCAGCAGGAGAAGAGUUUGUCUCCUGCCCAGUAUCAGCUUGGGGAAGUGGGCCUCUCCACCUCUCUAUAGAACACUUUUCUUUUGUCUGCUAGCUUCUGUAUACAUCAGCGGUUGUCGAAGUGGUACGAGUGUCCCGGGGGUACCUGGAAGGACCAAGGGGGUACUCGAAAUGAGUCUCUGAUUUAUCCCCCUAACAGUCUGACUGAAGUCUCAGUACGAAACAUAAACAAAUGAGCCCGUUGUCACAACACCCCCCUUCCUCUGACCCAUGAAGGAAACUCGCACUGACAGAUCUACUCAGCCCACCCCUGGUUGUUGAUUAACGUUGCCAUGAAGACUGAGACAUUUUGUCUGAAAGAUUACCAAAUGUUUUUUAGUGUCUAGUCAGUAGUGUUUGAUUAGUUGAGAACUGACACAUUUAUUAAUAUUUUCGAAAGCACAGAUCUUGGAAAGUAUUCGGUGGGGCACACACACCUAUGUUUUGAUCUUUGCGUGGAUGUCACGACUAUGACAAGAGAGCAAAAUAAUUAACUUGUAACCACUAACCAUGAUCACCAAUCGAAUAAAAAAGUAUGUUUUCGUGCAAAGGAAAAUACAAUUCCUGCAAUACAUUGCUCUUCAUAGCCUUAUGUAGAUUAAGCUUAAUCACACCCUUUUGAAAAUAAUUGUUAAUGAUGGAUGAACAGCCCAAACACAAAUGUCUCAGUAAGGACAUAUGGAGCCUGCUGGUGGUACGGCCUGUUUUGAUGCUUGGUGAGCUAGUCCAGUACAGUACAAUGUGUGGCUAUAGUCCAGGUUGUUACUGACCGAUUCUGUUGACCUUAUGACGUGUUAUGCUGUGAGCGUGAGUUUAGGUGCAGACCUAAACCUAACCUGUUUGAAAUCCGAAUAAAAAGCAGGAAACAUUUGAA